GAGCUCAAGGUGUCAGACAUAACAUAUCGGACAUGAAGUUCUUCAUUUUGGCCACCUGCCUGCUGGCUCUCGCAGCUGGAGAUGUCUCCCACUUGCCACUGGAAAUCCUGGAGGAGCAUCACGAGCAUGGCUAUGGCUAUGAUUAUCCCAAGCCUGAGGUACCAUUUGUGAUUACCAGCACGACGGAGCCACCACCGCCGCCACCACCGACCUAUCUGCCUCCCAAGCCGGUGCCGACUUACCUGCCCCCUCCGCCACCGACUACAACCACUACUACUACUACCACCACCACCACAACGACUCCCCCACCCACUCCCGCUCCCACUUACCUGCCUCCCCCUCCACCCACUACCACCACCACCACCACUACCACUCCUGUUCCCACUCCCGCUCCCACCUACCUUCCUCCUCCACCACCGCCACCACGCACCACCACCACCACCACUACAACAACGACGACUCCUCCGCCCACGCCGGUGCCCACCUACCUGCCUCCCCCACCACCCCAACCGGAACCGGGCUACCACUACGAUGCGCCCGCCCAAGAGUUCAUCUUCUAAGCCAAAACAAAAAGAAAGCACUGCACCACCGAACUGAAAAUGGAAGAUUUCCCCCGGAUUAGUUUUGUUUUGAAUCGUUCCACUAGGCUUACGUUUACAUAAGGCUUAAACUAUCUCAAUAAACGCUGUUUUGUUAACCCCA